AUGUCGGGUAGAGAAGUGGAAUCUGCCCUUCAUCUUGGUCUUGUCUUUCAACAAAUCCCAGAAACGUCAACGGUACCAGCAACAUCUGGUGAGACAUCACGUAAGCGUACGGCAGAUGUGGAACCCGCUGCAGAUGUUCCCUCGGCAAGUCGCCGUCGUCGUAAUGCUAACACGGAUGCAUCGUCAUAUAUUAGGCCAACAUUUCCCAGUUGUUGCGUUAACGGUGUUGUUGAGCAAGCGUGCCUCAUACCUUCAUCUCCGGGUUAUGAUCCAAUUGCUGCUGCUGCUCCACAAACACCUAUAACGCCGAUUUAUGGACCUCAGGUAAUCGCCCCUCAAAUUCACGCUCAGCUGACUACUCUACCUAGCACUUCUAUUGUACAUAAUGUGACUCCAAUCGCUGUUCACCUUAACGGAUCUCCAUCCGUCACAUCAAAUUAUGCAUAUUUUCUUCCGCAUACGCCAUUGAUGAAUUUACGCUUGCCAACAGCACCAACACCAUUACAAUACGUGUCGCCGGAUAUUCCAAUAGUGGAACAACCUUUCUUUCCAACAGUGAUAGGUGAUAUGCCAGAGGAAUAUUCCAGCAUUCAGCGUUCACUGGAUGAACUACCUGUGUCACAACCUGCAAUUUCAUCUGUAGUGAAUGGUGGCAACAGUUGGGAUAACAGUGUAACAGUGAAUUACCGUUCAUAUCCCACGUUUUCGUAUUUUCCACGACCAAUUAACACUCAAAUGGAUUCUGUAGUUUCCCGUGUUCGAAUUGCUCAAGCAGCUGCUCAGGCUACCACUGAUUCGGCUACCACGACACAGUUCCUUGCAAGUCGAGUUCGUAAUCCUAUUGAUUUUUAUACAGAUGGCAACCAUAAUUCAAUUCCUCUGGUUGAGGGACCGGUUGCUGUUCCAACGUUGGCUGCGGAAUGGAUGCCACAACAAGCAGCAUUUCAAAAUACCAUGGAAACUGUAUCUGCAACCAAUUACAAUCAGCAACUGGAACGACUGGUGAAUGGUGAGAUUCCGUUCCGUGCAUGGGAAGCAGCGGUCCUUCACAUUUUUGAUCGUAUGGCACCUCAGAUGAAUGCCACCCGUUUACCACCUAAAGGAAUGACAAAGAUUGAAAUUGAGCAAUUAAAAUCAUUCCGUAUUUCUGAUCCGGCGUUGUUAAUGGAAAAAGUCUGUGUAAUCUGUCAGUGUGAUUUUGAAAAACGUGACAUGGUUCGCAUGUUACCGUGCGCACAUCAUUUUCAUUUAAAAUGCAUUGAUAAGUGGCUAAGAGGCAAUCGUACAUGUCCAAUUUGUCGUCAGAAUGUUGCAUCGGAUGAUGAUGAUACUUUGGAAAUGAUACAUACACGAGUUGGUCGAAUGGCUGCUGCAUCAGUUACGGGAACAUCUGGAACAUUUGGUGGAGUAGGAGCAGAAAAUAUUUCGGCAGAUGAGAGUAGCGAUCAUGAAAAUUCACGUGCAGCAACAGUACAGGUUAUCGCACAAAUGGAUGCAACAUUAGAAUCGUCAGAUGGACCACUUGAUGAUUAA